UUGGUUGUUACCUGCGCUAGUCACACCCCCACACCCCAUACACCCUUCGUGUAUUAGGAAUGCGCAGGGGCAUGGGCGCUCACUGCGAUCCUCAGUCGACAUUGAGACGCGAAGCGAGUAACAUGAAUUCGUACAGAAAAUAUAGUCUGCAGAAUUGGAGAACAGAGGCCCGUAUGCCUGCCGAGCUGGAGGAGGACCCCGUCCUCCACAAAUAUUGGCGGAAGAGGCACAUUCUCUUCCACAGAUUCGACGAAGGGAUCAAGUUGGACCGCGAGAGCUGGUUCAGCGUAACCCCGGAGAGUGUGGCAGCGCACAUCGCUCAAAAAUAUAAAUACGACGUUGUCAUAGACGCAUUCUGCGGUGCUGGCGGCAACACUAUACAGUUUGCGAAGACCUGUAAUCGGGGUAGGUGACACUUCUCUUCCAUACCUACUGGUUUCCACCAGAAACUAGUAGUUGUUUAAGUGUUAUUUUUGUCAUUGUGUUGUUAUCUAAUGAUUGAU